AUGGCCGCUGCAUGCCUCUUUUGCGCCAACCCGGCGCCGACCGGCCGCACCAAGUGCACCUUCCAUCGCCACCGCGCCGUGUGCGUCGGGUCGCCCGGCUGCACCAACCAAGUGUACGCGCGGAUGCGCUGCGUGCGGCACGGCGGCAAGCGGCGCUGUCGCGUCGACGGCUGCGAGAGCUACGCUCGGAACCAGAACCUGUGCUUUCACCACGCCGCGUCCGUCUUGCCGCUUCGAGUCUGCGCCGUCGACGGCUGCGAGAAGCGCGCGCACGCCAAGAACAAGUGCUUGCCCCACAGCGGCGUCCGGCGCUGCCGCGCGGAGGGCUGUCUGCUCUACGCCCGCCAUGCCGGCUACUGCGCCCACCACCGCCAAGAGCCUGCUCCGCCAGCAAGCACACCUGCACUUCAUGAGGACGACAGCGGGUGGUUUGAAGACGUCUGGAGCCGCGUGCCGUACCCAGCGACCAAGCUCGAAUAA